AUGCGGAUAGCAUUUUGUGUUCCUACCUUUCUAAGCAAACCAGAUGAUGAGCCACCAAUGUGGAGGAAGGGGAAGACCCUGAAUCUGGUGGUCGACAGCAGGAGCAUGCAUUUGGUCAGUCUAUUUGACUAUUUAGGCAAUGAGGUCAAGUGGGGAUCAAAACAGAUGGUUCCCAUGCUUUUUAAGGCUAUCAAAAUAGAGGAUUUCCAUGGCCCUUUGACUUUUAUUCCUAGCCCAGAGAAACCGAGCAAUUGCAAAAGAACCAAAAAGGGUACUCCAGAUGUAGGUUCAUAUGGUAUUCCUUGCACCCCACCGGCCAGAGAUGCAGCUCCACCAGAUGCACAAACUAAGACUACAACAGCUGAAGGUGCUAAAGGUGAGGCCAAAGCAGAUGCUGAGGAGGUAGAGGAAUCUGAUGCUGACUCCAUUGAAGUACAUAGUGAUAGGAGCUGUCACACUAGUGGUGAGUCAUCAGAUAGUGGCUAUGAACCAGAUAGUGCUUAUGAACCAGAUGAGGGGGAUGAUGAAAUAGGUGAAGACAAGUCUGACUACACUGAUUAUGCUUUCAACUAUGAAAAUCCAUGUGUUGAUAAAGGUACUAUAUUUUCAGAUGCUGCAACAUUCACGAAAGUGCUGAGACACCAUUCUCUCAUUAAUGACUACCAGUAUCAAACUGAGAAGUCUUCCUUGGAUAGGGUGAGAGUGCACUGUAAAGCAAAGGAGUGUAAGUGGAGGAUUCAUGCAUCUAAGACAAGCGACAAGAGAUAUUUCAAGGUGAAAAUCAAUGAUGUUGGCCAUACCUGUUCAUCUGUCAACAAAUGUGAUGACAAGAUGGCCACUUCACCAUGGGUUGCUGAUAGAGUAAUUGACUGGUUGAAGACUAACCCCCACCUUGGUCCCAAGGAACUGCAGACAAAGAUUGAAGAGCACUUUCACAUUGAGAGCUAUCCAAUGCUGUAUGCAUUUAAGGAGGAGAUUCAAAGGAAGAUGCCAGGCAGUAUUGUAGAUAUAGAUACAGAGGUUGUGGAUGGAAAGGUUUGUUUUAGGAGGAUUUUUGUUGCACUGAAGCUAUGCAUUGAUGGCUUCCUUCAAGGUUGUAGGUCUUAUUUGGCUAUAGAUUCAACUCAUUUGAUAGGAAGGCAAAGGGGACAGCUUGCUGCAGCUUGUGCAAUUGAUGGGUACAACUUCAUAUACCUUGUUGCUUAUGGAGUCUUUGAGCCUGAAUCUAUUGAUAAUUGGGAGUGGUUCAUCAAUAACCUGAAGAAGGCAGUUGGUGAGCCCAAUGGCCUAGUAGUAAGCACUGAUGCAAGGAAGGGAAUAACUAAAGGUGUGAAUAAUGUGUAUCCACAUGUAGAGCACAUAGAAUGUUUCAGGCAUUUGUUCAAGAAUUUUAGGAAGAAGUUCAAGGGAGGUGACUAUGAGAGGCACAUGUGGCCACUUGGACUGAGUUAUACUGAAGAAGCCUACCACAAGCAUUGGCCUUUCAUUGCUAGACAUGCCAAUGCAGUUAAGUUUCUGGCUGAGAAUCAUAGUCUUUUGUGGUCUCGAAGCAAAUUUUCAACUUACUCCAAGGUUGAUUAUGUCAAUAACAACCUCUCAAAAUCUUUUAAUACCUGGAUCAAGAAGUACAAGAUGCUCAACAUAGUUGAUUUGAUGGAUAAGAUCAGAGAGCUCAUCAUGAAGAAGUUUGAUCACAGGAGGGGUCUUUGUGAGAAAUUUGACACUGAGAAAAUCGUCAUACCAAGUGUCCUCAAGAAGUUGACUGCAUUGACUAGAGCUAUUGCCACUUACUCAGGUGUUAGGAGUUCAAGUAUUCUUGGGGAGGUCAGGUAUAGAGACUCUCAGGGUAAUCCAGAUAGAGAUGUGGUUAACUUGCAUGACAAGACCUGCACCUGUGGCAAAUGGCAGCUGAUUGGAAUCCCAUGUCUUCAUGCAAUAGCUUUCAUAGUGACAAUCAGACAGUAUAAGAUGGAGGACUAUGUUCAUGAGUUCUACUCAAUUGAGAGGUUCAGAAAAGCUUAUGAAGGAAUACUAUACCCUAUGACUGAUAAGAGCGAGUGGCCUGCAAUAGACCCUGGCUUUGUCUUGAGGCCAUUAUUAGUGAGAAGACAACCAGGGAGGCCAAGGGCUGACAGGAUUAAGGGUUCAGAUGAGCCAAGUUCAAAGAGGAAGCAUAAAUGCAGCAGGUGUGACCAGUUAGGACAUCACUACCCCAAGUGCACUCGUGGGCUUGCAUCUGAUCAAUCAAGCAAGAGUUCAAGCAAUGAUCCAACUGCUACUCCAGGACUUCCUGCACCAAAAAAAUCCAAGAAAGAUUCUUCUACUCAGUCUAGUACUGCAGCAUCAAACAAGGGCAAGCGCAGGAAGGAAGGAACCAAGAAGGGCAAGACACAGGUGAAGGUCUUGGAAAAGGAAGCUGCAUCCAUUUGA